GGAAGGCAUAUAGCUCAUAUAGUGCGGACUAUUAUGGUAUCAAGUAACACCCUCAAGCCAGAUUGACAGACUUUCUCACUGUUUUUGAAGCUGAGUUAGGAGCUAGUUCUAUUUUGUGAUUGUGUCAUGGUUAUGGAACAUUUUGUUACACCUUUUGUUGGCAUACCCUUUCCAAUGCAAGCUUCUUCCGAGACUUCUUCUCCCCAUGGCUCAAGCAAGGUGUCCUCCUCUUCUAAGCACAGCAGUCGGAAAAAUUGCAGAAAGAGGAGAAAGUUGAGCGGAAUGAAGAGAAUCGCUGCUACCACGCGAGAGAGGAGCAGAAUUGAACACCUCAACCUAGCGUUCAUCACGUUGCGGAGUCGUAUCCCCACACAGCCCUCUGAUGUCAAGUUGACAAAGGUUGAGACCCUGCGGCUAGCUAUGAGCUACAUAAGUCAUCUGGAGAAACUGGUGGGGGAAAUUUCAGAGCAAGAGAAAGGGAGUAUUGGGAGUUCAGAAGUUUCAUCUACUUCAGAGAUCAAGACCUCACGGGAGGACGGAGUGGCGUGUCCCCGGGUAGUUAGAGUCUACCCCUCCUACCCUGUCCACUCAGAACACUCGGAGUACGGUUCCUGGAACCCUCAGUACGGACUCCCUGUCCGACCUAUCCCUACCAUGGACUCUCAUUUCAUCCUCAAAAAGGGAGACAAGAACUAAUCCGCUUGACAGCUAAUAUUUGAGAUGAAUUUAACGGGUGUAAUCAUUCAUUUAUUCGUUAUCCAUUCUGAUGAAUUUUUUUGAAUUGAUUUUUAAAAAUCCAUUUUUAUUGUUCAAAUUCACUUAAAUUAACUAUUUAACUUGAAAGUUUAAGCAUUAGGUGAUGGAGUUUUAAGUUCGUUUUAAAUAUUUGCGAUGGUAAACCAGU